UUUUGUUUGCAAUAAGCCAAUGGAAUCUGCCUGGCGAUUGCUGCUUUGCUUGUCACAUGGUCUGAUCUGUAGGCAGUCGUUCUCCGUCAUGACGGCUUCGCACGAUUCUCUGGUGGUUUUGUUUGGGGCAACAGCUGGUGCAAAUGGGGCUAAACUUGGUUCGGAUGAAAGGGAACUAGUUCUCUUGGUGUGGCAAGUUGUGGAUCUACACAACAAGAAGGUGGGAGAAGUCCAUAAAGUGCUGGUGAAAGCCGACAGCCUAGAGUUAAGCGAGCAGUGUAAAGGAGAGGUCAGCAUUAGCCUGGAGGAGAUCGCCAAGGCGGAGCGGCUCGAUCAGGUCCUGGAACAGUUCAACCAGGUUUUAUCGAGUGAAUUGAAAGCACUUGGGAGGAGUUCUUAUUGUCUUUGUACUGAUGGCCAAUUACUCAUUCGCCAGGUCCUACACCCAGAAGCAUCCAAAAAGAAUUUGGUGCUUCCUGACUGUUUCUACUCGUUUUAUGACCUGCAGAAGGAAUUUCACAAAUGCUGUCCAAACUCAGCCUCCAUAAACUCCAUCAGUUCAAUGGCCGAAUACUUGGAAUUAAGCACAGAAAAUACAGCCAAUGAAUAUGGUGUAUUUGAAGUUAUUAACAUGGGUGCAGUUAUUUUAAGAUUAAUAAGCGAACCUUACAAUCAUGUGUUCAAAAACUUUGAAACUGUCAAGUACAAAUUUGAAACGGGUCCCUGUAGCAAGGCUGAAGGAGUAAAUGGUGAAACUGUCAUUAGAGCAAGAGGUCUACCGUGGCAAUCGUCUGACCAAGAUAUUGCGAGAUUUUUUAAAGGACUAAACAUAGCCAAAGGAGGAGUGGCACUGUGCCUCAAUUCCCAAGGAAGAAGAAAUGGCGAAGCACUUGUCAGGUUCAUCAAUCCCGAACAUCGGGAUCUCGCCCUUGAGAGGCACAAACACCACAUGGGGAGUAGAUACAUUGAGGUAUACAAGGCUACUGGAGAAGAAUUCUUAAAAAUUGCUGGAGGUACUUCGAAUGAAGUGGCACAAUUCUUGUCAAAGGAGAACCAAGUUAUAAUACGAAUGCGUGGACUACCUUUCACAGCUACAGUCGAUGAUGUCCUGGGCUUCUUUGGAAAUGAGUGCCCUGUUACAGGUGGCAAGGAAGGGCUCCUCUUUGUUAAAUACCCUGAUGGGAGACCAACUGGGGAUGCGUUUGUGUUGUUUGCCUGUGAAGAAUUUGCACAAAAUGCACUUAAAAAACACAAGGAGAUAUUGGGGAAGCGUUACAUUGAACUGUUCAGGAGUACUGCAGCAGAAGUACAGCAGGUAUUAAAUAGAUAUAUGUCGACCCCACUAAUAUCAACACUCCCAGCUCCUAUCAUCCCAGUGAUACCUCAGCCGUUCAUUGCCACUGGACACACAAGAGACUGUGUACGUCUAAGGGGCCUUCCCUACACAGCAACCAUUGAAGAUAUUUUGGACUUCAUGGGAGAAUUUACGAUUGAUAUAAAACCUCAUGGAGUUCACAUGGUGCUAAAUCAGCAGGGCCGGCCUUCUGGUGAUGCCUUUAUUCAGAUGAAGUCUGCAGACCGUGCUUUCUUGGUUGCACAGAAAUGUCACAAGAAGACGAUGAAGGACAGAUAUGUGGAAGUGUUUCAGUGUUCUGGAGAUGAAAUGAGCUAUGUUUUAAUGGGUGGCACUUUAAAUCGUAGUGGCUUGUCUCCGCCACCAUGUAAGUUACCAUGCCUGUCCCCACCCACGUACCCGACGUUCUCACCUGGUACUGCUGUAAUACCGGCCGAAGCAGCGCUUUAUCAACCCCAAGCUCUUCUGGCUCCAACGCGGACAGCACACCCACCGCCUGCAGUUGCCUAUUAUCCUGCUCAAGCAACAGCCACUCAGCUUUAUAUGAACUACACAACCUACUAUCCAAGCCCCCCCGUGUCUCCAACAACAGUAGGAUACUUUGCAGCUCCUCAGGCGGCUAUGGCGGCGGCUGCGGCCAAUUCUACAACCCACGCUGUGUUACCGCAGCCCGGAGCACUUGUCCGCAUGCAGGGUCUGCCUUAUAACAUUGCAACAAAAGACAUCCUUAGCUUCUUCCAAGGAUAUCAGCUUGGUAUGGCCGUGUGACAAUGGGAGUACUGUUUACAUUACACUGUCUGUGGGGAUUUGAUUUUUUUGACAGGUGUCGAUGGUGAUAUAAUUUUAGUGGGAGUUUGGUCUCUGCCAUCUCCUGGGAGAAAUGAGAUGGUGGUGGUCUUUUGGGCUCCUUGUCCACCCCAACCCAGCCCCCUCUUCCCUCUCCCACCCCCCCCCACCUCCUUUUCCCUGCUCCCCGUUAUAGAAUCCUGUCUGGUUUCGUGGGGCUUUUGUACUGCAUGUGUGAGCACUUUACUGAGCAGUCGCAGUAAUACCAGACCUGCAAUAGUAUAAAUAACCAUUUUAAUAUGGCAGUGAAAUGUACUUUCCCAAUAGUAAAUGUGCAAGAGUCUUCUUUCAAAGAAAAACAGAUUGAAGAUGGGUUCUUCUUUAAAAUAUGUUGGAACCCAUUCUGCUUUCUUUCUGGACUGUGUAAUUUACUAUUCCUGACUGCUUUUACUGCCUUUUCUUUAUCUUGCUGGCCACUUUGGUUAUGAUAAUCUGCUUAUUUUUGCCAAUCUUAUCACUUGAGACAAACAUUUCGGUCAAAUCACCAAGCGGAAUACUGCUAAUCUUGGUCGGUCUACCUGGUGUAUAGCUUCUACAAAUCUAAGCAUGCUAAAUGUAUUGUAUUAAAGAGAGCAAGGUCAAUACAGAAGCCAUUUUGUUGAUAGAUUUGUGCAGUUAGUCCCAAGCAUGCUUUUUUUAAGGAACCAUGGUGUAGAUUGACCCAGUUUGUGCUUAUUGUAUACCCAGAUGUGUUUUUUUUUCUCCUAAGUGCACCAUUACCAAGAAUCCUCUAUUUAAGAUUAUCUUGUGGGUAUCCAAGGGAAUUUUGUUUUCAAAUUAAUGCUCCAUCGUCCUCCUGGGAGUGUGUAGUAUUUUCUUUGCUCCUGCUCCCCAGCCUCUGUAUCUAAAAUGGAUUACAAACACCUUGCUUUUCCUUUUUAGUGAAUUCAUUGUCUGUCUGGAAAACUGCAAUGUGUACCUCUCCGUAUGUGAGGAUUUUUGUUUUAUAAAACCAGUAAAUUAUGCAUCUUGGAUUCUUUUGAACUUGGGCUGUGUGGGUUUGUAUGUCUUUUCUGGAUCCUGUUUGGAACGGAGCUGUUUUCAUUAUUUAACAUUGCAAUAUAUUUUCCAUUUAGUCUAUUAAAGUCACUGGUUCAGACAGUUGGUGGAACACAAUGGUUUGGGUUAGAUCUUUACAGAACUGCAAUAAACCAACCAGAUUGUUUACAGGAAAGGCAAGCUAACUAGUCAAUCUUUGCAGUUCAGAUGAAAAUCCUGAAAUGGUGCAGAGGUUUUUCUUCCCCAUACUAUAUGCCUCUGGACUCUGCACAAAGUGAGAUUGCAUUGCAUUAAACAUGCAGCAGAAAUGAGUCAUUUAAGGCAGUCAAAUAUUUUUUAAAAUGUGAAUUGUUGUCUUUGGUCGCCUUUAUCUGGGAGGCUCCUAGCUGACAGUUUUUACACUCCUGCCUAACCUUUUCUGCAUCGCCUUUCUUCCUUCUAUCUCCAUCCUCUCCCACAAAAAAAACUUUACAAUUGCAUUCUAUGCGAGCAGGUCUGGUAAUAUGCAAAUAUUUGCACAGCCUAGCCAAUCCAAUCUAGAGUACUUUGCUGGGCAGGAUUAGUCACGAGAUAAUGGUUUAUUAUAAAAUGGUGGAUGGGUCUAAGCCAAAAUUACUGAUUCAACAACAGAUUGUGACUGCAUUGUGAGUGUUUGUGAAGGUACACAUCUGCUUUUAUUGUAAUUUUGACUUUUUUUGCUUCAGAUGCCUGAAGCAGUUUUUUCCUGAAAUGUGAAUCUUUGGAAACUGGCAGGAGAGUAUUUACUUUUACAUCUCUGAAAGUAGUUUGUGUAAUCUUGGAAACGGGAAAAGACUAACUGGUGCUUUCUAAUCCCAUCUGUUUAUAGUCCCACAUUUUUUUUCCCCCUCUUGAGAUGCAGGGCAUAGAUUUUUUUUUUGUUCUCUCAAUAGUUUACUAUUUACAUAGUAAUGUUCAAAGUCGUCACAUCUUGUCUAUAAAGAUUUUCCAAUAUAUUUAAAAAUAGGAAUUGAUGCUGGAUCUCUGAUCAGGUAUCCAUGUUUGAACACUAAUGGAUAGUGGAAUUCUCUGUACAGUGCCAUUUUUAAUGGUUAGCCAGAAUAAACUAAUAAGCAUUUUAUUCACUGCCCUGUUUAUAUUCCUUGAUCCCAUUUAUAAUGAAAUUAUCCUAACUUCAACUUACUACUUGUGGAUAAAUACUUAAACUAGUUCCACAGUGAUGUACUAGUUAAAUAGUAACUUUUAUUGCAACCAGUUAUUCCAUGAUUGGCAUUGGUCAUGCGUUUGCAAUAUAUAAGCUGAAUGAAGCUGUGCAUAAGUGCAGUGUUAGAUAUGAUUUUGUUUGUCCAUUGUUUGUUUUUAUAGUUUUGGUUUUUAAAUUCUUGGCACCUUUAGUCUUGCAGUCACAGGGCUGUUAAUUGAUUCAUGGCUUGUAAAAGUUAAAAGUUCUCUCUUGCCAAGUUGCCAAUACCCCGUUUAAGAACUGUCUAGGUGUGGCAUUUGUGGUGAAGCAUAAAUUCACCUAGCAAUGUUCCUUUUGACUGAUGUAUGUAUUCAAACUUGUACUGUAGUAUGCUCCUGAUGACUACAGCGGCCUUAUUCAGAUGAACGAACAAGCAAGGAGUAUGUUUCAGGCACCCAAAGAGUGGGUCUGUUUGUAGAUGACCGUCUUUACAAAUUUCAACAA